AUGCCUGUCAAUCUCUCUCCUUUUACCUUUCUCUCUCUCUCUCUCGCUUUUUAUCUAUCUCUCUCUCUAUCUAUAUAUUACGUCAUUUUCUUUCGUUUUGACUUCCAUUCUUGCCUGUGUUCUUUUCAGCUUAUUUUUCUAAUUUGUUAUAUUGAUCUAUUUAUGAAAUAUUACCGUUUAUUCAAUUCCAGUCUUUAUUUUUUUUCCUUCCUUCCUUCUAAAUAUAUAAUUAUUUACUUUGUUAUACACUUUCUUUUUCUUCUUAAUAUUUACAAAAACAUUUCUUUCUUUCAUGCUUGCUCUCUUACUUUUUUCUUGCUUUCCUUCUUAAUACCUAGCCAACCAAUUAUUUCUUUCUCUCUUUUCUUCUUAAUAUUCACACACACACACACACACAUAUAUUGCUUUUUAUUUGCUUUCCUUCUUAAUAUCUACCCAAACAUUUCUUUCUUUCUUUCUUGCCUGCUUGCUUUCUUUCUUUCUUACUUCCUUUCUUUUUUGCAUUCUUUCUUCCUUUCUUUUCUUUUCUUUCUUCCUUUCUUUUCUUUUCUUUCUUUCUUUCUUUCUUUCUUUCUUUCUUUCUUUCUUUCUUGA